UGUCUUUUUAUUUUUCUUACUACAGAUAACAUCCAGCACCAAGGCCAAGCUUCAAAGCCAUGGUCCUACUACAACCCUUACCCAACAACAGUAGCGCAACCGUCAGAUUCCUCAAUACUAACACCCCAGAUCAAGACUGAACCAUCAGACCUUGCGUUGCUAGGUCAGCAGAACUCAACCCUCCAACAAUACCCCAAGCCCGACAGCAUCUACCCCACCUCGAUAACCAGGGCCAGUGAGGUCCAGGAUCCCCGGUUUGUUUACCCAUCCGCUCCAGCCGUCAGCUCCACCUCCUACACACCUUCGUCCAUGUCUGUGCUAUCAUCCGGAGGUGAUUCACCCCGCACCAUCUUGCCAAUGACACCCAAUCCGUUUCCUUUGUCCUCUCAAGAUAUCUUCUCCAGCUCCACCACAACGCCCGUCACGCUGACGUCGCCACCCUACCUGCCAAACUCGCCCCCGUAUCACCUGUACCCCCACCUGUACAUGUCAUCGCCGUCGUCGCAAACCUACUACGACGGCUCCCACAUACCCAUGCUGCCGUCGGCGAGACCGGACGAGAAGCAGGAGAUCAAACAGGACCACAGACCGCGGGACGUCGGAGGGGAAACCAUCUCGCAAAUUCCCCACCCGUCGGCUGAAAUGUCGCUGACGGUGGCUCUGAACUACGGCAGCCAUCCUCAAAGUCAGAUCGAACUGAACACGGCCAGGACAAUGGGACAGAGUAUGGGUAUGCAGAAUAGCGGGGUCUCUCUGAUGCAGCAGCAUCGAAACAACAGUCCUGUAACUAACAUAUCACCCAUGCAACAAGGUAUGGGACAGAUGAAUAUUAACACCACCGUCGGACACUUACCUACUGUAGAUGAUUCGAGAAAAGAGGACGUCUGGCGGCCAUACUGAAUCCUUGGUGGUCAUGGAUAUAUAUUUUAGACUAUGUGAAGGACUUUAUCGAGUCUAUUUAAUAGACCGUUUAAAUUAGCGUAUUCCCAGCGACACUGCUACCUAUGUAUUGAUGAACAUGCAAAAGCGAUGCAAAGUGGAUCCGCGGUGAUGUUCAUAAUUGAUAUGAAGUAUAAGCCUGCGGUUUCCAGUCGUAUCGUAUGAUAUUAUCUUUGACUGACUGGAACAACAACCACCCUCCUUAAAAGUUUUAUAUUCAUUAUUUCAAUGCCAUUCCAUUCCAUGUAGUCCCAUGCACUCGUUUUUGUGUGUGUGAGUGAGCUGUAACAUAAUCGCUUCACAUCAUCAUCAUCAUCAUUCUCAGAUAAAACAGAGGAUAUAUAAGAGUGUACAUAGUGAUUUUUAUGUACUAUAUAGUUAACAAGUGUGAGACAAGGGCAUGGUUAAUAUUGCAAGAUUCAUGUAAGAUAACAAUUAUCAGUCUGCAAUGCAGUUUAUUCAACCUCUUUUAAAAAGUAUAUUACAUGUGUUCAAUGAUGCAGACGCUGUCGUUUUAGAGCUUUAAUGAUCACCCCCUUUGACAUCGAAUGGAAGGUUCCAUCUAAAAGAAGAAUACUCAUUGUAAAUUUUUGUCACAGAUAUUAUGAAUGAACCUCACCUUCGUGUAAAUACAGAUACAAAGUUUUCUUUUUGUCUUCAACUUGUAAAAAGAAAUGAUGAAAUGUGUGUUUUUUAUGAUUGUCAUAUGUUACAGCAAUGUUAUCAAAUACUUUGUGCAAUGAGUGAUGUUGAGAUGGUUCUCAACUCUUCAUAGAGUUGAUAAUGUAUUUUUUUUUAAAGGAAAUGGAACAUAUUUUGAAUUUGUAAAAAAUAAUAUGUGAAUAAAUCGAUGAUGAAUCUCCUAAAUAUGAUAAGUUUUAUGCUAAUCAGCAUUGUUAGUAAAUGAAAUAUGUCCCUGGAUAUUUGAAGUACAUUUGGAGUUGCAUGAAGUGAAAAUAACAGGCUUUCCAUCAAGAAAAUAGUUGAUGAGAACAUUGAAAUUUAGAUAAUUUAUUUUGAAGCAGAAGGACAUUAAAUCACAUGCUUGAACACAUAACUAAUGCCUUUAUGGCUCUAAAGGAAUAGAAUGUUUAAUUGAUGGUUUGUGGGAGGGGCGCAUCAUUGAUUUUGAGAGCAUGGUUUGAUUAUUGCAGUAUGUUUGAAGUUUCAACUCAAGUUUUAUUUUUUGGUUAUUUCCUUCCUUUUAAUUGAGGGGAUUUUUCAGGGUUUUCAUCUCAAAAAAAGACUCUCUGCAUGAGACAACUGAAUGGUGGUUUUUAACUCAAAAUGCGUGGCUAUGUCAGAUUGAAUGGUGUUUAAAGAGAUAAGUACUGGCAUAAGGUUGUUGAAGUGUUCAUCAGAUAUUCUGCAGUUUCUUGGUCUAUAAUCUGGGCAGACAAUAAAAAAAUCCAUGAUAUUCAUGUCAAGAUAUCUGUAGUACUGUUGAUUAAUUUUAUAUGCCAAUAUACAAAUGUGACAAACAUUUUCUUUUGAAAUAGAAAUUGGCCUUUUGCAUUGUGUUAAUGUCAGCCUUAAAUAUGUUAAAAUGAUAAGUAAUGCCUUUUCAGUUUAUUUCGUAAUUCAGUAUAGUUAACCAGUGACCGAGUUACAAACUCGCAUGUUUGCUUUUGCCCUUUUUCAUGUGGAAAAGUUGUUUCUUGUAAGUUCUUCAUAAUCUUUCAUCUUGUGGUUAUUUUCUGAAAAUUUAGGUUGUAAUUUGUAAAGAAGUUGCCCUUUCUGAUCUGUAAUAUUGUUAAGUGCUUUGUAAUUUGAAAUAGCUUGUCUUAUCUAUACACAUUAUUUGUAUUGCAACUAAGUGUGUAAAGUAAACUCUUUCAUAGCCUAAGUGAUUCAGUAAACAAAAUCAUCAUGAUGACUCAAUAUUCAUUUAUCAGAAUCCAUAUAAUAAUGGGACAUAAAAUUCAUCUUUUAUUUAUUCAAACAUGAAUUCCAUCUUCAGUCUUUUGCAAGUAUUUAAAUAUGUAAUAUAUUCAAAACCAUAUUCUCUUCCAUGAGGCAAUAUAUAUUUAUUGGUAGCAAACAUUAAUUUAUACGAUGUAUUAAACAUGCCACCUUCGCCUUUUAUGAAAUAUAUAUAGAUUCAUCUGAUACUGGGUUUUUUAUGAUACCAUCCCAACAUUCCAAAAGUAAGGUUAUCUUUUAUCCCUAUGUCUUAAGUGCCAUUUUAGGAUGGAUAAAUAAUCCCCCUUAAUACCUGUUCAUGAAAGUAUAUCAGGAUGUGGCAUUAAUAAGAAAAGAAAAAAUAGAUGUGUUUUUCUUAACGUAAUUUAAAAGUCGUGUGUGGGUUGUAAAAACCUAUACCCAUUGGAUAUGUGAUGAUUUCCUUUUCUCUUUGUCUUUAUUUAUUGAAACUUUUCUUGAAAGGUUGUGCAACUUAAUUAUGCGGUCCACUGUGAUGUUGUAUUCCAUGUUUGAAUAAUUGAGCUUUGUUUUGUUCAUGUUUGUGAUUUUUACAGGGAAUAAAACAAUCUGUUCACUUUAA